ACGCUUGUUUAGAUCAGGCGCUCCAACAACAGAUUACAGAAAAGGUCGCAUAUUGGCACGAGGUACUAAAGCACCAUAAAAUUCAUAUCAGAACGUGGUUUAGCUUUUCGUGGUUCGGAUGAAAUUUUUGCUCACCUAAUAAUGGAAAUUUCCUUGGGAUAUAGGAAUUAAUAGCUCAGUAUGACCCAUUUCUGGCUGGGCACAUUAAAGAAUAUGGAAAUAAAGGACGAGGGCACGUGAACUAUCUGUCCUCUACAAUAUGCGAGGAAAUUAUAACUUUGAUGGGCGAACGAGUACAAGCUGAAAUGAUAAGUAGAAUCAGAAAAGCCAAAUACUAUUCUGUCUCUGUUGAUUCAUCGCCUGAUGAAGCGCAUAUUGAUCAAUUGACUGUGACUAUGAGAUACAUGGAAAGCUUAGAACCAGUUGAAAGAUUUUUGUCUUUUAUUCCAAAUUCUGGUCAUACAGGGGAAGAAAUGGCGGAUGCCUUGCUUCAGUUUUUAGAAAAACAUAGCAUCGACAUUCAAGACUGCCGUGGUCAGUCGUACGAUACUGCACCUAACAUGAGCGGCAAGUACAAAGGAAUGCAGGCGAGAAUUUGGAACAUUAAUAAAUAUGCAGAUUACAUUCCGUGCAUGGGACACUCUUCGAAUAUAGCAGGCAAUGCAGCAGUCAACGCAUGCACUCACGCAGUCCUUUUUUUUCAACUUUUUAGAAGAGCUUUUUGUUUUUUUUACAAGUUCAACGGCACGAUAUGAAAUAUUAAGUGCCAACUUAUCAUCGAUUAAAGGAUCUAAUAGUGUCAAACGAUUAAGUGACACUCGCUGGUCAUCUCGUGCCGAUGCUACAAAAUCUGUCAAAGUUGGAUUUGUUCCCAUCAGAAAUGCAUUAUGUUCAAUUCGAGAUGACAGUGAACAGAAAGACGUAGUGAGAAGUCAGGCUCGGGGACUAGCAAAGACAAUGGAAUCCCUCGAAACAGCUAUAUACGUUAUUUUUUGGCAUGACAUUCUUGAAAGGUUCCAUUUAACCAUCAAAUCUCUUCAGAAUCCUGCAAUCACCCUGCGGACUGCUGUUAACAGUCUCGUAUCUUUGCAGUCAUUUGUGAAAUCCAAAAGAGAUGCGUUUGAUACGUACGAAGAAGCUGCGAAAGAUUUGUCCGAAGUCAGCGACUAUGAAAAUGUCCGAGUGAGAUCAGCAAAUGUUCGCUUGCAACCCCUUGGCUCUCAGGUGUCGGCAGUACAACUUUCAGCAAGGGACAAAUUUCGCACCGAAGCUUUUCUCCCAGUUAUUGAUAAAUUGACAAGUGCACUUGAAGACAAAAUUUCAUGCUACAAGCUGGUCUUUGAGCGAUUCAAUUUUAUUGGUGAGCUAAUGCUCAUGGAAUCAGAAGACAUCAAUUUGCAUGCUAAAAAGCUUGUGGAAACAUACCCAAAUGAUCUUGAAUCAUCUUUAGGGAACGAGCUCAUACAACUUCGAGAUUUCGCGUAUCUUCACGAAAAAAGAGAGAACGAAUCAACUGAGCUGUUUUUGUACCGCAUCAUCAAAGAAAACAAUCUUCAGUCUACAUUUGUUAAUUCAGAAAUUAUUCUACGUUUAUAUCUGUCUAUGAUGGUAACAAAUUGCACGAGUGAAAGAUCUUUCUCCAAGAUGAAAUUGAUCAAAAGUCGACUUCGAACAUGUAUGGGUGAAACCCGACUUGUGCAUUUGGUUCUCUUGAGCUCCGAAAGAAAUAUACUGUGCGAACUAAGUUUCGAUGAUAUCAUUGCUGUAUUUGCAGCAAAAAAAUCACGGAAAGAGUCGUUUCAGUAA